AUGAAGGCCGCUACCGUCAUCUCUGCCCUUGCCAUCGCCACCGGCGCCGCUGCUGCCGGCGUCCAGUGCGGCGAGAACUACGCUCCCGUCAGCAACAUCAAGAACUGCAUCAACUUCCUCAAGGACAAGGGCACCGCUCAGUGCAAGGUUGGCGGCAGCUACGGCGGCUUCUGCAAGGAUGGAGAUGCUGUGAUCCUUGGCCACGGUACCACCGAGACUAACUGCCAAAACAUUGCUGCCGCUGCCGAGGCCGUUCUCGGACAGUGCACUAGCGGUAGCACCGCUGGAGGACGUUCUACCAUCGGUGGUAACGACAACAUCUACAUCACCGUCAAGCACGCCUAG